CACAUGAUCAAUGUCAUUCAAGAUAAACAUGUGAGGUGACGACAACAAUAAAGUUUAAUGAUGUAAUGUUUAUUUUGUUUUAAAUAAUUUCGUGUCAGGUUAUUACAAAAAUGGCUGUUAACUGUAUUCAUCAGUGUGGAAAGUGUUUUAACAAAUUUAGAACAGGAACAAACUUUAUUUCAUUGAUAAAUGUAAGAGUGGCUCAUAAAUAUGCACAAGCCGAUGUUAAACCAAAUAAGUAUAAAGUUAUUUAUAGGGAUCUUCAUGGAGCAAUAGAGGAACCCUCCACUGCCAAAGAUUUUGUUUUUGCGUUAAGCAAAAAAGAACGGCAACUUUUAUAUUUAGAACUUCAAAAAUUUCAUUUGGAUAUGCAGGAUUUGAAGAUAACACACUCACCUCCAACUGCAGACCAGCUGAAAAAAGUUUGUCUUCACAAUGCUCUACCAUUUAUUGGGUUUGGUUUCCUGGAUAACUUUCUGAUGAUUUUAGCAGGAGAAUACAUUGAGUUUAAAUUUGGUGCUAUGUUUGGAAUCUCUACAAUGGCAGCUGCUGCCCUGGGGAACUGGAUCUCAGAUUUAGCUGGAGUACAAACUGCUCAUUAUGUAGAGGUGGUAACAAGUAAGUUUGGAGUUAGAGCACCGGCACUCACACCAGAACAAGUUGAUAUGUCUUCCACAAGAUGGUCUUCCAAUAUAGGGAAAGCAAUAGGAGUCUCAAUAGGCUGUAUAUUAGGAAUGUUCCCAUUAUUGUUCUAUAAACCAAAACCCAAACCUAAAGAAACAAACAUAGCGGAGGAAGCACCAUCUUGAUGAAUUAUAGGGAUCACAUACACGUUAUAAUACUAUAAAUAGUAAUAAAUACCAGUAGAAGACCCUGUGAUUUAAUAUGCAACAUAUCCCUGUAGCAGCCUAGCAGGUGUUUAUAGUGUUGACCAAUUAGAGGAUGUUAGCCGGCCGGAGUUGAUGUUGAAUACUGUAUACAGUAGUUGUUUAUAAUUUUGUCCAUUUGCUUUCUGUAGGGUUCAUUGGGAUUGUAUAGGUGUGGUUUAGAACAAAUUUGUUUUAAUACAGACUUAUGUCAUAAUUGUUAUCAUUUAAGUAUAAUACUUCUGUUGUUAUUGUUAGACAGAUGGUUUUAAUAUUUUUCAAAUAAUGUGUUCAAAAUGUUUUUUGCAACCAUUAUUCUGUUAGUCUAUAUUUUAUUGAUACUUGCAGGUCAUUUUUCUAUAAACGCAUUGAAAUGUUCUAAUUUCAAAAGGCAUAUAUUAUUCUCUGAAAGUUCAGCUUAGAGCAGAAUUAAACUUAAGUAUGCAGAUACAGAAUUUACUUGUUCCAAAAUUCUACACCAUUACUAAAAGAGUAAGACAAAUUGAUGCUUAUUUGCACAAGUUAUUUGUAAUAACCAUGUUUUAUGCCAGAUUUAAUCUCUAAAUUUGUAUAUUAGACACUGUUUUUGCUCUUAAAAACAAUUUUGAAAUUUUUCUUUAAAAUUAACAUU